UCCAAAAACAUCCCAACAAGAAGCACACACAUCAGUGGCUUCUCAAUCCACCAAUAUGUAUCACCAAGCCACCCACUCUCUUCCUUGUUUUCCUUCUUCAACUCUCCAUCUGAAUAAUUCUCACUUCUUCCGUAAUAGGAUCUUUCAAUAUGGGGCUUUGCCGCCAUUGAAGGCUAGAGUCACCGUUUCAGAGAGAAACUCUGAUUUCAGAGCAAGAAGCGGCAGUGUAAGACCGGAACUAAUAUCUUCGGAAAAUGAAGGUUCGACGCUCCCAACAUAUAAUUGGACUAAGGAAGAAGAUGAAAAAGCUUUGGAGGAUUGUGUAAUGAAUGAGGAGAUCAAAAGGAGAGUGGAUGCCAUCAGAUUGGACUUAGAGUCAAAUGAAGGAGAGAAGAGAAUAUCAGCCUCAGCUUAUCCCACGGCAAUGGUGGCUCUGAUUGAAGAUGUGAAUGGAAGUGAGUCCCCUCAGUUUCCAGAAUCUCUUCAAUGGAUAAUAGACAAUCAGCUUCCUGAUGGUUCAUGGGGAGAUCCUCGUAUAUUUGUGGCUUAUGAUAGGCUUAUCUGCACCUUAGCUUCUGUUAUUGCUUUAACACGCUACAACGUUCAUCCUGAAAAAGUAGAGAGAGGGCUACAAUACUUCAGAGAGCAUGUGAACACACUGGAAACGGAGAACAAAGAGCACAUGACAUGUGGGUUUGAAGUCAUUCUGCCGUCACUUCUCCAAUUGGCAAAGAGUUUCAACAUUGAUGUGCCCAACGACUUCCCUGCCCUCCAAGAAAUAUUGGCAAGGAAAGAUGCCAAGCUCAAAAGGAUACCGAUGAAGGUGUUGCAGAGUGUGCCAACAUCAUUGUUGUUCAGCUUGGAAGCAAUACCAGGGCUUCAAUGGCAAAAACUUCAAAGAGUGAGAAGCAAAGAUGGCUCUUACUUGUUCUGUCCCUCUUCCACUGCUUUUGCUUUCAAUCAAAGCAAAGACCUCCACUGCCUCAAUUACUUAAACAACGUGGCUCAGAACUUUAAUGGAGGAGUCCCAGAACUCUAUCCCAUAGAUAUUUUCGAGCAGUUAUGGAUUGUUGAUCGCUUGGAGCGUUUAGGAAUUUCCAGAUACUUUCAACCGAAGAUUAAAGAGAUUCUAGAGUAUAUUUACAGAAAUUGGAAUGAGAGAGGUCUUGGAUGGACAAGAUAUUCAGAUUUGCCAGACCUUGAUGAUACAGCAAUGGGAUUCAGACUACUCAGAUUGAAUGGCUAUGAUGCUUCCCCUAGCGUAUUUAAAAAUUUUGAGAAAGAUGGAGAGUUCUUCUGCUAUCCCGGUCAAUCAGAUGAAGGAGCAACAGUGAUAUUCAAUUUUUACAGAGCAACUCAAGUUCAAUUCCCAGGAGAGAUGAUUCUUGAUGAAGGCAAGAACUUUGCAAUUAAUUUCUUGUCGAAAAAACAAGCUACUAAUCAAAUCCUUGAUAAAUGGAUCAUAUCGAAGGAUCUAUCUGGCGAGGUAAGCUAUGCGUUGGAUUUUCCAUGGUAUGCAAGCUUGCCUCGUGUAGAGACUAGAUUUUACUUAGAACAAUAUGGUGGUGGAGAUGAUGUCUGGAUUUCCAAGAGCCUUUACAGGCUGCACAGAGUAAACAAUAACAAUAAUCUCGAACUUGGAAAAUUAGACUAUAACAUGUGUCAACACUUGCAUCGUAGGGAAUGGGAAAGAAUCCAAGAGUGGUACUCAGAAUGGGGACUAGAAAGUUUAGGAUUGAGUAAAGAAAGGCUUCUUUUGGCUUACUUUUUGGCUGUAGCCAACAUAUUCGAGCCUGAGAGAUCACAGGAACGGCUUGCAUGGGUCAAAACUUCUGCUCUUAUUCACACAGUUACAUCCACAUAUCAUGACCAAUGCCAAAGAAAAGCCUUUGUGCAUGAUUUCAAUGAUGUCGGUAGCUCCUUAAAUGAACGAUGGCUGAAUAAAAAUCGAAGUAGAGAAGGGUUACUGGGGACUUUAACAGAAACUUUGCAUUGCUUCUCACAGAGCUCAACAGCGGCAAGUUUUGAUAUUCUUCAUGAUAUGUGGAAGAAGUGGCUAUUGGGAUGGCAAAGCGAAGGAGAUAAGUGGGAAGGAGAAGCCGAGCUGUUGGUGAACAUGAUUAAUAUUAAUGGCGGCGGCCAACUUUUUAAUGACUUAAAGAUCAAUCCUCAGUACGAGAGGCUCCUUCAACUCUGUAAUCAACUAUGCCACCAAUUACGUUCUCUCCAAAGCACCAAGGAAAACAAGAAUAAUGGAAGCCGCAUGGCCAACACAAGUGUCAGCUCCAAUUCAGAAAUAGGGGAGAAAAUGCAAGAGCUGGUGCAAUUGGUGCUCUCUUCUAAUGGCAUGGAUCUCAACAUGAAGAAGACAUUCCUCAAUGUGACCAAGGGUUUUUACUACGCUGCUCACACUGAUCCAGACACUGUCAACUCUCACAUUGAAAAAGUCCUAUUUGAGAAAGUCAUAUAAUCUUCAGAACUGCUGCUUGAAUAACUUUUCAUUGUGUCUUCAUGCAUGUCAUCUCCAUCUAUAUAUUUGAAAUUUAUAUUUACUUUUCUAAAAUAACUUUAUCUGGUGUAGAACGUUCUAUGUCAAUUCAAUUGUACACUCAUAUUUGAACAUUCUACCACAAAUUAAUUUUGUGGUUGAGUAAAAAGGCUGGGGAAGUGAGGAGUGUCAUUGGAUUCACCUUGAAUUUCUUUCGUUGGUUCCACAGGACAAGCUUCCAAUAAUAAAAUGUUAC